CUUCAUAGACAGUAGGAGUAGUCCCACAAUAAUGCUUAUAUCCAGUGAAUCUGAAAAUAACAGCUAGGCAACCAACCGUAUCUUCCAAUAGUCCAUAACCACCACAAAUUUCAACAAAAAUUCAUACUACUACAGUACUAGUUGGUAUUAAUCAACUUCAUCCAAAACCCCCCCAAAGUUCAUUAAAAAAAAAAAAAAAAACACAAUGCUUCUGCGUGGCAUAAUCUCCAGUCCUCUCCCCUCCUCUCUCCGCCUCAAAACCCACAAAAACCUCACCGUCUCCGCUCAAAUCAAAACCCAACCCACCAGCAACAACUACUCCAUCUCCGACCAAGCCCUUGAGUCCCGAGGUUUCAUCCUCCGCCGCACCAUCGAUGAGCUCAACCUGGACCACCUAAACUCAGUGUUCGUAGCUGUUGGGUUUCCCAAGCGGGACCCACAGAAGAUAAGGGUAGCUCUUGAGAACACAGACUCCCUUCUGUGGGUCGAGUACACGAAGACGAGUAAGCCAGUGGCGUUCGCUCGAGCGACGGGUGACGGUGUGUUCAAUGCCAUCAUAUGGGAUGUGGUGGUGGACCCUUCUUUCCAAGGGAUUGGUUUGGGAAAGGCUGUGAUGGAGAGACUAAUACACCAGCUGUUACUCAAAGGGAUUUGUAACAUUGCUUUGUAUUCGGAGCCCCGGGUUCUCGGCUUCUAUAGGCCUCUCGGGUUUGUGGCCGAUCCGGAUGGGAUCCGGGGAAUGGUCUACUCUACCAGAAAACAGAAACAGAAGAAAUAACAUUUUAAGUAGGGACUAGGCUUUUUUUUUUUUUUUUUGGUCCACUCUCUCUGUAUUUAAUGGAAAAAAUUAUGGAGGAUUACCUUCUAUUUUAUGAGUAAAUCCGACAAGAGGUUUGUAUCAA